AUGCCCCAAUCGCUGCCAAAGACCACCAAGCAAUGGAAUGUCGUAGGCCGUGAUGGAUUCAAGUCUCUUCAACUCACAGAGGAACCAUUAUCUGAAUUAGGAGAUAGCGAGGUCCUCGUUAAAUUGCAGGGCGCUACUCUCAAUUUUAGAGAUCUGAUGAUCCCACAGGAUAAGUAUCCUUGGCACGUCAAACCAGAUGUUAUUCCAGGGUCGGACGGAGCAGGUACCGUUCUCGCUGUUGGCAAACACGUCACUCGAUUCCAGCCAGGUGACAAGGUUGUCACAGUCAUCCAUCGAACACAUCUGAGCGGAUCACCUACUAGCGAAACGCCAAAGUUUGGCCUCGGUGCCGGAAUUGAUGGCACUUUUCGUACGGUAGCGGCUUUCAACGAGCAAGGACUUGUGCCUAUGCCUCAGGGUUUGAGCUUUAUCGAAGCCGCCUCGCUGACCUGUGCCGGUUUGACGGCCUGGAAUGCACUCUUCGGUCUUCCUGGCAAGCAACUAUCAGUUGGGCAGUGGCUCCUCACCCAAGGCACUGGAGGUGUGAGUAUCUUCGCCAUUCAGUUCGCAAAGGCGAUUGGAGCGAGAGUCAUAGCCACCACCAGUUCCGAUAAGAAGGCCGAGUUACUCAAAAAACUUGGUGCCGACCAUAUCAUCAACUACCGCACCACCAAGGACUGGGGAUCAGCCGCGAAAGAGUUGACUGGUGGAGUGGGAGUUGACCUUGUUGUGGAGGUUGCCGGUGCCAGUACGUUGAAGCAAAGCGCAGCCAGCGUCAGACUCGACGGUACCAUCACCACUACUGGUUUGGCCGGUGGUGACGGCCAAGGCGCAGAGGUUCCGAAUCUCCUGGACACAUGGCUCAAUCUUUACACUGCCCGAGGUGUUUGGGUUGGCAACCGACAUCAAAUGGAGGAGAUGUGCAAAGUUAUCGAGUCUAGUCCGGAAAAGCUGCGUCCUGUCAUUGAUCCCAAGGUCUUCAAACUAGAAGAUCUUAGGGAGGCAUAUGAGUAUUUGGAGUCUGGGAAGCAUCAAGGCAAGGUUGGCAUCGAAAUCGAUUGA